AUGGAGAAACAUGAAGAUAUUCAAUACUGUUUUCAAGACGGAAACUCUUCUUGCAGAAAGGUUUUGCUAUCGACAUCUAUCUACAUAACACUGUACAUCUUCUUCUCAUUGAUUUCAGCGGUUACAGUAUUUUUGAAUGUACUGGUGAUUAUCUCCAUCUCUCACUUCAAGCAGCUCCACACUCCAACCAACCUGCUCAUCCUCUCUCUGGCUGUGUCAGAUCUCCUGGUGGGACUGAUUGUGAUACCAGUAAUGACUGUAGCAAUAAUGGAAUCAUGCUGGGGUUUUGGGGAAUAUUUCUGUGCGUUUCAUUUCUUCAUUGCUUGUUUAUGUACUUCUUUAUCUCUGGGCAAUUUGGUCUUGAUAUCUAUUGAUCGCUAUGUUGCUGUGUGUGAUCCCUUAUUGUACCACUCUAAAAUAACAACAACAAGAAUGAUGUGUUGUAUAUCCAUCACCUGUUAUCUGGCACUUGUUAAUUCCUUAAUUAAUCCAAUAAUUUAUGCUUUCUUUUAUCCAUGGUUCAAAGUGACAGCUAAACUUAUUUUAACUUUGAAGAUAAGACGUUUAUAG